AUGCUUUGCUGUGAUUGGCCGCUACUCGAUGACGAGCGUAUCGGAGAGAAGCGCAUUGGUCAAAUCGCGAGAUUAUUCAUCCAAUGGCAAAGGGGCGGGGCGGAGAUUUGAGCGGAGCGCGGACGGUUCGGAGUCGCCUGGGACUCCCGAUUAUCUGAAAGACAUGGAUUAAGAGAGAUCCUGCAAGACUGAUGCUGGGAGAGCAAGGGCAAGUCUGCCUAUAGCCGGGUCUCUGGGAGUUGCACUGGGCAGCCCUUAUACACUGCAGCGCCCCCUGCUGGAGUCUCCAUUGAAGCAGCCAUGUCUCUUGCAAAAGUGAAAGUGGAAAAAACAGACCUGGAGGCAGGGAUCGCCCGCAGCCGAUUGGACGCUGUACUGCAGGGUCUCCUGGAUAAAAGUGAUGUGGACAGGGAUCAGAUGGAAGAUGAGACUGGAAAAGCUUCUACCGAUCUGCACUGCAAGGAUUCAUCCCCUUCUGCUGCUGGAAAAAGGUAUCACUAUAGUUUCUCUUUACUGCCCUCGGCUCGACUCUCUCACCAUCGGAGGAAGAAGAGAAAGGAGGAAGAUGGAAUCACAGAGAGUAGCCAGCCUAAAGCAAACACCUUCAUCAUCCGCCUGUUUGAUAGGAGUGUGGACCUGGCACAGUUCUCAGAAGAAACCCCUCUGUAUCCCGUGUGUAGAGCAUGGCUCCGAAACGCUCCCACAGCAAGACCCCCUGAACAGCCCCAGACUCCACCACCAACAGAUGAAGUGUUGGGUGAUGGAGUGAACGGGAACAUUCAGAAUAUUUACAAUAUGCCCCUGCCAUUAGCCGGCCCUGUAAGUGAGUCAGGAGAGCCGGUCAACCUGAGGAUCCCUUCUCCCCUGCCCAAUGAGGAAGAGCCGCUGAAUCUGAACACACCGCCUGAGUUAACCCCCAGUAUGUCCAACCUCAUUUAUAAGAACAUGCAUCGGUGGAAGAAGAUCCGGCAAAGGUGGAAAGAUGCUUCUUACCGUAACCAGCAGCGCUAUGCUCAGAGCAUGAAAAUCCUAAAGGAGAUGUAUGAGCGCCAGUAAUGGGAUCCCAAUCACAGGAGUGCUGGAUUCUCUGUAGGGAUGCACUCAAUCCACUAUUUUGGAUUCGGCCGAAUACGUUGUGAAAGAUUUGGCCGAAUACAGAACUGAAUCCUCUGAUUUACAUAUGCAAAUCAGGGAGGGAAAAAUAUUUUUUCACUUCCUUGUUUUGUCACAUGAUUGUCACAUGAUUUCCUGUUGAAAAAGGCCGAAUCCUGAACUAUUUCCUGGAUUCACUGCAUCCCUAAUCCUCUGUGACCCGACUUUCUCAGUGAGGAUGAGGCAAAUGAUUUUAAGAAGAUUGGGGUGUUGCUACACCCUCUUACUUUCAUUUUUUUAGAGUUUCUUGUUUUAUGUGUGUUCAGUUAUGGAUAUUUCCAAGUUUUUCUUUCUCUUAAUGGAGAAGUAAACCCCUUGUUAAAAAAAACCCCAUACCCUCCUACCCUGGGCAAAAAACCCCUAACGUUUUACUUACCCCUCGGUGCAGAUUCACACCAUAGGAGUAGGUUUUUUUUUUUAAUAUGGGGUUUACUUCUCCUUUAAAGGGCAACUAUCGCGAAAAUAAAAUAUAAGCU